UGCAGAGAGUCAAUAGGUUUUAACUCAGUGGGAGAUACAUUUCAUUUGGUAAACCACAUUUUAGACGUAGGUUACACAUCGACUUAAACAGGGCAUCAUGUCUGACAAUUGUGGCGCCUUUAGAAACGCUUCAGAGGAAGCCAGCGAUGCGAAGGUGGGAGUGCAUUUCAUACAUCUGGAAGAAGUAAUGGAUGUAUCUGGGAAGCAGCAGCAAGAUAACAAUGAACGACAAGAGCUGAGGAGAAGACUCUAUGAGGCUGCAACCCGCCUCAGAGAGAAGAGGGAGAACCAUGAUAGGUUGUUUGAGCAUGGACUGGACCUGGAGGUGGAGAUAAAUGAGACGGAGGCUGAGAAUAAAUACCUCGCCGGCAAAGUGAAAGAGUUAAAACAGCAGUUGGAAAAUAUAAGAAAAAGGAGGGAGGAGGAGGAGGAGGGUGAAGAAGCCCUGCGCCAGGAGAUUCUGUCUGAGGAAGAGAACUGGAAGCUGGGGAAUCAAUUGACACAUAACUUAAGGAAGAUGGAAAAGGAGAACGAGAAGCUGCGGGAGAAAACUGAGGAUUUGAAAGCUGAGAACUAUCAGGAACAAAUACAGCAGCUGGGGACAGCUGAGCAGGACUUAAAGCACAACCUGGAGCAGGUUCAGGAAGUCCUAUGGAGGAAAGAUGACGAAAUAGAGCAGAAAUCCACGACCUUGAUUCAAUGCAAUAACAAGAUAGAGGAGAGUUUGAACAGCAUCAAGAAGCUCAAGCAGGAUCAGAAGAAACUUCGAAAGAAGCUGAGCAGGAGACAGGGGGAGAAAAUAUUAGCUGCAUUGAACACAUCAACUAUGGAUAAGAAGGGUGGAGAGGACAAAGAUGGGAGGCCCCUAAUGAAUAAAACAUACUUGUGGUCGUGUCUGAAGAGCCUGUGGGAAGGAGUGAAGGUAGGAGGAUGCAUCCUCCUUUGUGUCCUCCUUCUUGUGGGUAUCAUUGCCUCCAUGGUGCCUGUCUGCAACUGUCCAGAUCCUGACUGCAACCUUUGGGACAUCGCUUUCAACCUGCUGGAGUCCUACGGCCAGCUCCAUCACACACUCCGCCUUUACUAAUAGCUAGCUUACUGUCACAAGGACCGCAUUACACAGAGUAGGGAUUCCCAACCAGUGGUAGUUGUACCACCGAGGGGUAAAAAUAGAGAUUAUGAUGAAAUUAAAAGAACAUACCCAGGGUGUCCUGGUAGCUUACCUGAUUGAGCGUACGCCCCAUACACUUAGGCUCCUCUUUUCUGUCUUCAGCUAUUCUAUCAAAUAAAGGCCCAAAAGGAAUCUAGAAAAAAAUAAAGAAUAUCCACAUCCACAUAUUAACAUUGAGUCAACAGUAACAUUACAUGUUGCAGUUGUGAGUGUGUGAAAACUAGUUUGCAACCAAAGUUUAAGUGGAUAGCUAAAAGUAGUGACUAAACAGUUGCAAUUGAGUAGCAAAAAGUAAUGGAUAUUAUAUAGUAAUGGUUGAAGUGGUCCGUUAAAAGUACUGACUAAAGAGUUCAAAUAAUUGUUUAGCCUUAGUAAUAAGUAUUGGAUAAACGGUUGAACUAGUUAGCUGAACGUAAUACAUAAAUAGCAUUCCAGCAGCGCUACACCCCUGGCCCUGGCAAUAAAAUAAA